GCCAGCGCGGAGCGGCGCAGGCAGCGCGGCGGACGGGCGGAAGAGCCAGCGAGAGCCCCGGGGCGGCGCCGUGCGGUGGCGGAUGGAGCUGGUGGCGGGGUGCUACGAGCAGGUGCUGCUGGGGUUCGCCACGCGGCCCGGCCAGUCUUGGACAGUCGUCCCUGAUUUUACACAUCAUGCCCACACUGCCUCAUUGUCAGCAGUAGCAGUGAAUAACAGAUAUGUGGUCACUGGGAGCAGAGAUGAGACAAUCCAAAUCUAUGACAUGAAAAAGAAGAUUGAACAUGGGGCGCUGCUACAGCACAAUGGCACGAUAACUUCUUUGGAGUUCUAUGGGACUUCACAUCUGCUGAGUGGGGCUGAAGAUGGGCUCAUUUGUAUCUGGAACACAAAGAGAUGGGAAUGUCUGAAAUCCAUUAAGGCACAUAAGGGACAUGUGACAUCUCUUUCCAUUCAUCCUUCUGGGAAAUUAGCUUUGUCAGUCGGAACAGAUAAAACAUUAAGAACUUGGAAUCUUGUUGAAGGACGAUCGGCCUUCAUCAAAAACCUGAAGCAAAAUGCACACAUAAUUAAAUGGUCCCCUGAUGGAGAGAAGUAUGUGACCGUGAUAGCUAACAAAGUGGAUAUCUACAAACUUGACACAGCUUCAAUCACUGGCACCAUUACAACAGAGAAGAGGAUUUCUUCACUUAGAUUUAUUACAGAUUCUGUCCUUGCCAUAGCUGGAGAUGAUGAAAUGAUUAGGUUCUACAGCUGUGACUCUCAAAAAUGCUUGUGUGAAUUUAAAGCCCAUGAAAACAGAAUAAAAGAUAUUUACAGUUUUGAAAGAGAAGGACAGCAUGUCAUUGUUACUGCAUCCAGUGAUGGUUACAUUAAAAUGUGGAAUCUGGAUCUUGAUAAGAUUAGAGAUGGGCCAUCUUUACUGUGUGAAGUCAAUACCAAAGCUAGGCUGACGUGUCUAGCAGUGUGGCUUGACCAAGCUUCAGAAAUGAAAGAAAACUCUGAUAAAACUGCAACAUCAUCUCAAGAAGAUGAAAAAUCAUCAAUAGCCAGGACAAACAAAGAUUUUUGGACUACUAAAAGGGUUAAAAUAUUAAAAAGAAAGAGAAAAAUUGUUCCAGAGAAACAAAAGCUGGCAGCUCCAGUGCAAAAGAAGAAGAAACAGAAUAGCUUGGCAUGAAGGCAGCUACUUUGUCUCCUGUACAAAAAGUAAAUGCUGGUGUUGCCAUAUUUUUUAUCAGAAUCUAAACCCUAACAGGACAUAUAACUCUUAUCCAAUGUAUUGUUUAAAAGUAAUUAUUGUUCUUACUCUAAUAAACUGACUGAUCAUUCUGGGAACUUUCCCUAAGUGAAGAAAGCCAAAAUAAAUUCAUAAUAUGUAAUGUUUAUAUUUUUCUAAUAACAAUACCAUACACUUUUUAACUGGCUCUGAAAAAGCCAGCUAAAAUAAUAAAAAUAGCUGCAUCUUUCUCAGUUA